UGGCGAGGCCAAUCCCGGUGUAAACCAAUCAUCGAUCGUAUCACGACUAUCUUUCUGCACCUACUAUCCCUCCACGAUAUCCAAGACGUCAACAGAACAAAACACCCUCAACGAGAAACGAACAAACAAACCACCACAAUGCCCAAAGACAACCUCUCCAUGAACCCCGCCAUGGCGCAGCGGAAAGCCGAAAAACAAAAGCAGCUCAAAAAGAGCAAAGCCGAGGCCCAAGCCCGCCGCAACGAGAAGCUCGGCCGCCGCAACCCAGACCGCAUCCAGCGCCAAAUCGACGACAUCAAAGCGACGGAAGAAUCAGGCCAGAAACUGCGCCCCCGCGACCAGCAACUCCUCGAGGCGCUACAGCGCGAUCUGCGAGCUGUCCAGAAAGCCCGCGAGGCGCUAGGCGAGCAGGCUCCUAAAUUCGACGCCGGACGGGGUGGUGGUGGUGGUGGUCGAGGUGGCGGGUCAUUCCGUGGUCGCGGCCGCGGCGACAGCAGCCGCGGCGGUGUCUUGGGAAAGCGAAGAAGAGACGAACACGGGCAAUUCGUCAACGACGACGGCGACAGCAGCUCCACCGACGAAGAAGUACGGCGCAUUCCCAUGCCACGCGAUACACCCCCACCCAUCCCCAAAGAAUACCAACGACGACAAGGACGUGCCAACAACGACAUCGGUGGAGGGGCACAAGGCCCCCACGCCCUCCCAUCCAAACCAUCCACAGCCGAACCCCCCAAAACAGUCUACGAAGCCAAACCCGAGAUCCGCAACCUCCGCCAAGAAGCCACGAAAUUGUUCGUCCCUGCCGCCGUGCGCACAAAGCAGGAUUCUAUCCGUGGGCAGGGGAAGCUCCUCGAACCGGAGGAGAUGGACCGGUUGGAACAGGCGGGGUAUCAGGCCGGUCCGGGGAAUCAACCUGCCGCAGGAGCAGGCGACAAAGGCGAAGAUAAAGGAGAAGGAGACAAUGAAAAUGAGGAUGAGGUCCAGAAAAGGCUACAGGAAGAGGAAAGGCGAUUUAAUCAGGAGUUGAGAUCUGUGCAGAUCGAGGAGGUGGAGGAUGAGGAGGCUUAACUUCCUUUCUUCAUGAUUGAUUGAUUGGUUGAU